AGUGAUGAGUCUUGUAGUUCCAUUAUAGAAAGGACAAAGAAGAGGAAGAUCAGUACAGAAGAACCCAAUGGCUCAAUAUCUCCUUUGUUACGUUUGGAAGUGCCAGUGAAGGAGCAUAUAUGCACACAUCCUGGUUUUAUUGGAGGAAUGUGCAUAAAGUGCGGAGAGAAGAUGGAAAAUCAGUCAGGUGUCGCAUUUGGGUAUAUACACAAGGAUCUGAGACUUGCUAAUGAUGAAAUUGCCCGACUGCGUGAAAGAGAUCUAAAGAACUUGUUACGUCAUAAAAAGCUUUACUUGGUUCUUGAUUUAGACCACACCUUACUAAACACAACCCAUGUAAAAACUUUAACUAUAAAAGAACGAUACAUAAAGAACCUGAAUGAUCCAAUGCAAGAUGCCCUGAGAGGCAGUCUAUUUAAACCGUUUACUCACAUGUUAACAAAGUUGAGGCCCUUCGUUCACACUUUCCUGAAAGAAGCUAGCAAUCUGUUUGAUAUGUACAUUUACACGAUGGGUGAGCGUGCUUAUGCAUUAAAAAUGGCAGACCUGCUUGACCCUGAUAUGGUUUACUUUAACUCUAAAGUCAUUGCAAAAAAUGAUUGCACCCAAAGACAUCAAAAAGGCCUUGAUGUGCUAGCAGGCCAAGAAAGUGCUGUUUUGAUCCUUGAUGAUACUGAACAAGUAUGGAAGAAGCACACAGAAAACUUGAUAUUGAUGGAAAGGUAUCAUUUCUUUGCCUCGAGCCGUAAACAAUUUGCCUGCAAAUCUAAAUCUUUUUCUCAUAAGAGAAGUGAUGAGAGUGAUGUUGACGGCGCUCUUGCCAAUGUUCUUAAAGUGCUUAAACGAGUCCACAGUAUGUUUUUUGACCCGGAACUUGGGGAUGAUUUUGCAGGCCGAGAUACAAGACAGAUGCUACGUGCAGUUCGUAGUGAAAUAUUGAAGGGGUGUAUAGUUGUGUUCGAUGGUGAGUUUGUAACAAAUGACCAGGCCGAAAUCCAUGAGCUAUGGCCGCUGGCAGAGAGAUUAGGUGCAACAAGCUUGACUGAGGUUGGCCCAUCAGUGACACAUGUCAUUUCCACAAAUGUUGGAACUGAGAAGUCACGUUGGGCGAUUCGAGAACAGAAGUUUUUGGUUAAACCAAAGUGGUUAAAAGCUGCAAGUUUCCGAUGGCAGAGGCAACCUGAGAAAAAGUUUCGUGUUAAAAAAGCGAAAAUGAAACUAAAAUAA